AUGACUGGCGUUUCUGGGCGGGUUCUUGCUGAGCUUCUGGGCAAGUCACGGUUUCUCAAGGUGGCGGGGUCACGGCUGGCGUUUCUUGGAGGAUUCGUCUUGGAGCUAGCUCUGGCUGAGAUGCUGCUGCAGUGCUAUCCCAGGGAACCGGUAGCAUCACUUAGGGAACGAGCCAGGGAGCUGGGCAACAAGCGCCGCUUCCCGCUGCUGCUUACGCAGGCCGGGUUGGACCGGCUUGUGUUUCCAGGAGCCCUGCUCAUGCGCGCCCCCACCAACCUGCGUCAAAUGGCGGCCAAGAGUGUCUUCACCUCCCUCAUUGCCUCGGCUUACCUCACAAGGGGCAUGCCGGAAGUCUACAGGCUGCUCUUUGAGGUGUUCGGGCUGGACCCUGACCAUCCCGACAUGCUCCCCAAGAUCGAGCGCGUGCGUGACGAGGAUUUCCUGCAUGCUGACCUGGACGGCGACCCGCUGACGUGGCGCGACGUGGCGUGCUACCAGUCCCCACCAAAUUCCCUCUUCCCCAACCCUCGUCUCUUCCACGCGUGCGUGCCGCCCGGAAUGUCACGAUUCCGCGGUUCUGAUUGGAUGCACCGAUCCCUGGAAGCAGCACUGAGGGCGCUGGCGUGGCCGAGACCAGCAGAAGCUGGAAUGAGUAUUGAAGCAAAACAGAGGCGCAACGAAGACAUGGUGAUGGCUCUGCAGCUGUGCUUCCUGCACCCCUCCCUGUACCGCGCGGAGCACCCCCGCUUCUGCUACGACCGGCUUGAGUACCUGGGGCAGAAGAUUCAGGAUCUGGUCUUAGCAGAGAACCUCCUUCAGUCACACCUCGAUGCGCCGAUCCUCUGGCUCUCCGACCGCCAUACCAAGCUUCUUCGGAACCGAGCCUGCGGCCGGUAUCUCCGAGCCUCGGGCCUGCACGACCACGUGGAGCUUUCUGAGGAGUCGAAGCAGUACUUCUACGCAAAUAAAAAGUUUCAGAACUUGGUUUCGGGGGCGGUGUUCCAGGCUGUUCAUGGGGCGGCAUAUAUCGUGUAUGGGAAGCCGGAGGUUCGGCGGUUGAUGUUUGGGAUGUUUGAUAUUGAUGGUGGCACCAUGCACACCACAUAA